GCAGCUUUUCCUUCCCCCAAUGUGCACUACCUUCGAUUUGGAUAUCAUAUAGUGGCUUUUGACCUCCACCACGACCUUGAAGGGUCCGAGAUCGCGGGGAAAACGUUCUCGGCAUUCCUCACCAACAUUCUUGUCAACCAAACCAGCACCAUGUCAAGCCUUCCGCUCAUGCGAAGACUCGCGCUGUCUCUCAAAUCCAUAGCUCCAGGAGGCGGACGUCGACUGGCGGGCAAGGAUCUCGAUGGAAACCUGUACUUUGAGAAACCAGAUCCCAACGGCGGACGAUACCCUCGCAGGACUGUGGAACUUGCCGAUCCAACGUUAUCCGAGGCCAACUACGACGAUGCCAAUAUUACAGUCCAGUGGCAAUCAUGGCUCAGGAACACGCGUAAAGACCCACCGACAUUAGCCGAGAUUCAAAGAGACGAGGCGCGGAAGCAAUUGACGAUCACUCGUGCCAUGGCUCUGGAUCAAGCAUGGCAGGAUAGGAAAGCAGAGCUGGCAUUGGAGCAGGCGCAGGGCCGUCAGGCGAUCUUGAGCAUUGCCUCGAAACAGGCGGCUGGAACAGAAGCAUCUACGUCUCCAUCUACUUCCCCAUCCACGCCGCCAUCCACAUCUUCAUCUACGCCAUUACCGCCAGUAUCAGAGGACGAAGUUAAGAGUGCAGCUAGGAAGCAGAUUGAGGAAAGAGAGGCCGCACGUAAAGCUGGUUUCAAGCCCCAAGUGCAGCAAGGAGACACAUUCCAGCCUCAGGCCUGGUCGCCGACGGCUUCCCGUCGUCGCUAAACGACUUUUGGAUUAGAAGUAUAGGUCUACCUUUCGCGGCCCUGAAAAUAAAUAAUUUGUGAU